AUGGGAUGUACACUGUGUUGGGUUUUCACGUUUACUGAUGCUGAAUUGCCUCCAAUUAUCGAGAAUGAAGAAACUGAUGUUCCCAUAGCAUUUGAUCAGUUUGUGGUUCAAGAACAGAACCCUUUUGGCAGCUCGUCAGGGGGGAUAAAGAUUGAAGAGUUGCUUCCGAGUGUGCCGGAUAAUGAAGAGAGGGCAAUUGUUCUGUUCAAGCCGAUGAACGAUACCAUGUUGCCUCGCUCGCUGUCUGACUACUCGGUGUCAAUCGAUCCUAAUUUCAUUACGGCUUUUAAAAAUCAAGUCCCCUGGUCCAAUCAAUCGAGCCAUUGGAGACUAAAUACGGACGAGACAACAGAGAACAAUAACUACAACGAAAGCCUAGCUGUCGUCCCGUGGGUUCCCCCACGGGCCUCAACCCAAGCUAUUCCCGAAUUUUCUACAGAAACUGAUGAUCCCAAGAUGAUGGAUGCUCAGGAGACGGGUGAGGAAAAAAUGGAAGUCGAAGAAUAUACCAACGGUGGUAAUAAUAUCGAGCAAAGAAAUGUAAACGGGACAACUUUGAGUGAAGGCUUCAGUCAAUGGCAGCAACAGCACUGCCUGAUUCCUCAGCCUCCACAGAACUCUACGGCACCAAUUGUUUGCUCCACAGCAGAAUUUUUGGUUCAGGUAGGUGGGCCACUAACCCGGACGACCAUCUCUCCGCCGUCAAUCUCCAAGUCCGGCGGCACCUCGACUGAUUUUUCAUUGACGUUACCAGGCCGCCGGCGAAAUCGCGGAAGAUCGCCUCCUUCACCUCCACCCGUUCUGCCGUUCAUCGCUUCACCUUCGCCGUCAGCCGACACACCUUCGCCGUCAGCCGUGCCCCAGGGCCGAUCAGCCGGUAGGAUCCAUCCAGUGGCUACUCGCCGCCGCACCUGCGCCUGCGGGAAAUAUAAGAACAACAGUCGGCUGUUUUCGCCGCUGUUCAAUUCGUGCUCGCAUUUGCACUCUCAUUCGACCAGCUUCGGGUUUAAGGAUGUUAGGGAGGAGGAAAAGAGUCAAUUGGUGGGCAACGUUUUCACCAGCGUCGCGUCGAAUUAUGAUCUCAUGAAUGAUUUGAUGAGUGGUGGUCUGCAUAGAUUGUGGAAAGAGAGAUUGGUUUCGAAAUUGAAUCCGUUUCCAGGGAUGAAACAUCUUGAUGUGGCUGGUGGAACAGGGGAUGUGGCUUUCAGAAUACUGGAAAGUAUAAACAGUGUUCGGCAUAGAGCCAUGAGAGACAUUCAUGAUGAUAAUCUGCUUGAAGAAACUCAAAUAUUUGUAUGUGAUAUAAACCCAAAUAUGUUGAAUGUGGGCAAAAAGAGGGCCCAAGAGAGAGGUCUUGGAGAGGAUAAAUCCCUCGUGUGGGUUGAAGGAGAUGCUGAAGCAUUGAAAUUUGAAGAUAAGUCGAUGGAUGGUUAUACAAUUGCUUUUGGGAUACGAAAUGUUACACAUAUAGAAAAAGCUCUUUCAGAAGCUCACAGGGUACUUAAACGGGGAGGAAGAUUUCUUUGCCUUGAACUGAGCCAUGUCGAAGUCCCCGUUUUCAAAUAUUUGUAUGACUAUUACUCAUUCUCAGUCAUUCCAGCCAUUGGAGAGCUAAUAGCAGGUGAUCGUGAAUCUUAUCAAUAUCUGGUCGAGAGCAUUCGCCGUUUUCCUCCACAGGAGAAAUUCGCCUCGAUGAUAGCAGAGGCCGGGUUUCAGAAGGUCGAGUACGAAAACCUCGUUGGAGGAGUAGUCGCCAUUCAUUCUGGCUUGAAGCUUUA